AUGUCCACGCCGAAUCUCGAUGCCCUCCUUGGUGUUCCACUGGCUGCGGAGCUAGUGGCAAGAGCAGGAGGUCUUUUGGCGCUGUGCAAGCUGAGUGACACCGCACUUCGCAUGCUGGGCACGGAGGAGUUCCAGAGCAUCGCGAGCAGCUCACGGGCGAAGCAGCUGCACGCUGGCCUGUUGUUAAAAGCUUCACUGUUCACUGACGCCUUUGGAGACGAGGAAGAGGUGGACACGACGGACCUGAAGGCUGCGCAGAAGGGUGCUGCUCAACUGGGCCGCAAGUGCGCCCUAGUCGCGAAGGCGGACCUCGCCGGCGCCUUUUCUGAUGGCUCCCUCGGUGAGGCGGAGAGGGAAAAGCUCAAAGCUGCGUUUGCUCGUCUCCUGGCGGAGGGCAAAGUGACCGCGGAGGACACGCAGGCGCUCGCCGUACCGUUCGUCUACGUCCGCGGCGAUGCUGCAAAGCACAAACGUGGCGGCGUCAAGGAGCGAAAGAAGCGAGAGUCGCAGCAGGAGUCGGUCAGCGUCGUCGCUAGAGCGACCCAGCGGGUGCGCAUGGGUGUCAGUGAGGAGGAGCAGGUGCAGCAGCUGCUGCAGCGAGAAGACAUACGCAGCGAAUUCGCCAAGGAGCGCGCUCAGCAGCUGCUGAAGGAGUCGCGGAAGCGUGCUCGAGAGGCUGUCCGUGAUGAGUACGAUGACCUACAGAACAUUUCCCUCUAG